AUGAAGACCGCCUUUGUCCUCGCAAGUGCGCUCAGCGCAACUGCCUUCCCUUUCUUGAGCGAAGGUGGCGUUUCUUCUGAGAUCGCCCAAUUCAUGGAGAAUGUCCAGCGCCACCCACUGGCAAAGCGUCAGGACGCGGCUCGUGCCAUCUCGGCUGCUCAGAGCAACUGUGGUACACGAGCCUGCCCAAUCUUCGACGAGAAAGACCAAGAAGUGUCUGUCUCCGGAGAGCACGAGUACCUCGCGCCUGGACCAGGGGACAUUCGUGGUCCCUGCCCAGGAUUGAACGCUGCGGCAAACCACGGCUACCUGCCUCGUAACGGCAUCCAAACCAUUGAGCAGACUGUCUCCGGUCUCGGAGCCCUGUACAAUUUGGGACCGCGAGUCACAACCGCCCUCGCGGCCUACGCCAUCGCCACGGGUGGUAAUCCUGUCGAGGGUGUGUGGUCUAUCGGUGGCCCUCUCCCAACCGACGAGUUGAGCUCACCACUGCUCACCCCUGGCCAAGGUCUUUCCUACUCGCACAACACCUACGAGGGAGAUGCCAGCAUUGGCCGAGGCGACGCCUACAUUAACAACGGCGAUGCUCACUCUCUCAACGUCAGCCGCUUCGAGCAGGUCUACAACAUUGCUGUCAAGGAUGGCAGUGACCGCUACACCCUAGACAAGUUCCGUGCCAAGUUCGAAGAGGCCCAGGAUGAGAGCAUUGCCAACAACCCUUACUACUUCACGGGUGCUUUCUCCACUGUUGUCGUUGUGCCUGCGGCGUACAACUUCGUCAUUAAUCUCAUGAGCAACCACUCCCACGAGGUGCCUGGUGGCUACCUCGAUGGUUACAACUUCAAGAGCUUCUUCGGUGUUGCGGGAGAGCCCGGCAGCUUCCAAUGGCUCAAGGGCCAGGAGAGGGUCCCAGAGAACUGGUAUCGCCGACCCUCUUACGCUCCAUACGAGGCCCCAGACGUCUUCGGUGACGUUGGAAUCGGAUAUCUUGCCUACCCACGAGCCCUCAAGUUCGGCGGCAACACCGGCAAAGUAAACACAUUCACGGGCCUCAACGUCGCCGACCUCUCAGGCGGCCUCCUGAACGCAGAAACCCUUUUCCAGGAUAACAACUUUGCCUGCUUCUCCUUCCAGCUACUCCAGCAGGUUCUUCCCGACUUUGCCUCUGGCAUCCUUAACAGCCUCUCACCCGUCACGAAGCUUCUCAAUGAUGCUCUGACUCCCAUCACGGGUAGCUUGGGCUGUCCUGCGCUUGGGAAGUUGGAUGUGGGGCUUUUCGACCAGUUCCCGGGUUAUAGGUACCAGCCAAAGGGUCCUGCAACCAACUACAAGGCUUAG